ACCUGAUAUGGAUUCUGGUAUUCCGUUUAAAGCAGAUGCAAUCAUUGCAAACCCCCCAGCCUAUGGGCAUACACAUGUGGCAGAAGCACUAAAAGUACCGAUUCAUAUAUUUUUCACAAUGCCCUGGACGCCAACUAGUGAAUUCUCGCAUCCUUUGUCCCGUGCCAAGCAACAAGCUGGAUAUAGACUGUCCUAUCAAAUUGUGGACUCUUUGAUUUGGCUGGGAAUACGGGACAUGAUUAAUGAUGUUCGCAAAAAGAAGCUAAAACUUCGUCCUGUCACAUAUUAGGAUAAAAUGAUAGAG